UAAAGUUUUUUUUUCUUUUUUUUUCUUUUCAAAUGCAUAAAUUAAAUCGCUUUUUAUCCAUUUUGGGGUUCGCCGACAACCGCCAAAUCUCUGCAAUUCAAAGCUCUCGCUAUCUGCAAUCCGUACUUUAAGAAAUAACGGUGGACAAGUUAAAUUAGUUUGCAUAUGAGCCUCAUUGCUUAAGAAGCAUAAAGUUAUUUUCUUUUGCCUGAUGCACUCCAGUUUUUAAGUCUCAGAACUUGGCUUUGUACAAAUGUCAGAAGGUGACAUGGCUGUUAUUAAACCUGAGAUGAUGAAGUCUUAUAUCUGGCUUCAGACUGCUGAUGGUUCAAUCCAACAAGUGGAACAAGAGGUUGCCAUGUUUUGCCCCAUGAUAUGUCAAGAGAAUAUACAAAAAGGGAUGGGAUCUUCCAAGAACCAUGCAAUAUCUCUUCCGGAAAGAGUCAAUACUUCCAUGUUGAGCCUAAUUAUUGAUUACUGCAGGUUUCAUCAAGUACCAGGUCGCUCGAACAAGGAAUGCAAGGCUUUUGAUGAAAAAUACAUCCGAAUGGACACAAAAAAGCUCUGUGAGCUGACUUCAGCUGCUGACAGCCUCCAAUUAAAGCCGUUGGUUGAUCUUACCAGUCGUGCUCUUGCACGAAUAAUUGAAGGGAAAACACCUGAGGAGAUACGUGAGAUAUUUCAUCUGCCUGAUGAUCUUACAGAGGAAGAGAAGUUGGAGCCUUUGAAAAAUUCAACUGACGAUCCACGUAUCCGGCUUUUGAAUCGACUAUAUGCACGAAAGAGAAGAGAACUUCAGGAAAGAGAGAAAUUGAAGAAUGCUGAGCUUGAAGAAGAGCGAAGCGAUGACCGUUCAGUUGAUGAUCUCUUGUCCUUCAUUAAUGGAGAAAUUGGAGAUUCCAAGGGGAUUAAAACUUCCAAGAACAAAAAGAAGAAUCGUAGAAGAAAAGAUCAACAAAAAAACACUUGUCUAUAUGAGGCUAAUGAAAUCCAUGAGGAGUCGAGCAAUCUUAAGUUUGCUUGCCCCGGUGAUGAAGUCAACAAAUUUAGAGCCAGUCCUAGUUUGACAUUAAAGCUACAAGAUCUAAAUGAUGACAGCCUGGAGGAUAUGGUUGAGUUUGAUGAUGGUGAUAUUGAUGAUGAGAUUGAUCCUGCGUUAAAGGAAAAAAUUGAUAGGGAGGUUGAAGAUUUUGCUAGGAGAUUAAAUUCAGACUGGCCUCAAAGGAUACAAGAGAUUCUUGCUUUGGGUCAGGAAAGGAGGCGGGUACCAGUUUCCAUUAACGGAAGGGAUUCUAUAAGAAGAUAUGCUUGAGGACAUCCAGAGCGGAAAUGGUUCUUAUAAACAGAAUAUCCCUAUAUCGGCCAGUGGCUGGAACAAUUUUGACCAGAUGCUAACAGGCUUCUAAGAGUUACUAUUCUCAUUUAUUUGGCUCCAAACAUGACUUUUUUCUUCGGUUGUUGGGGUAAUUAGGCUGCAAUUGGAUUCUGGGGCAACUGUUUGUACUUUUAGGGGAACAAAUAAAUCAAAAGUAGUAAUUUGUUGUCUUGUCAUGAGCUAAAUUUGCUCGGUUAUCAAAAGCUUGUAUGAGGUUAUUGGUUGUCUACCCUCGUUGAAUAAUUAUUCUAUCUUAUUUUAUUUUCGCAA